CCACGCCGCCUCGUCCACUCAUUCGCUCGCCGCCUCCGCCUCCGCCUCCGUCGACGACGACGACGACGACGACGGCGGCGACGACGACCAAUCUGCCUCCGCCUCUAGCGCCGACCGAAAUCCUCCGCCGCCGCGGCGAGCGCACGCUGUAAAUCCGCGCCCACCCCCACCCCGACCCGGACCCCAGCGGCGGCGAGCUAGGUGGGCGGGCAGGUGUAGGUGUUGGCUCCGCCAUGGGCUAGGGUUUCCGGGCCAUGGAGUGGGACAGCGACUCCGAAGGGAGCGGAGACGAGGAGGAGGAGGAGGAGGAGGGGGUGGAGGUGGGAGGUGGAGGUGGAGAUGGGGUUGGGGUUGGGGUUGGGGGUGGGGGGUUUGCGCUGGCGAUCGAGGGGGUGCUGGGGGCGUGCGGGCUGGUGGUGUCGGACGCGCUCGAGCCCGACUUCCCCAUCAUCUACGUCAACCGCGGCUUCGAGGACGCCACCGGGUACCGCGCCGAGGAGGUGCUCGGGAGGAACUGCCGAUUCUUGCAAUGCAGAGGACCAUUUGCUCAGAGGAGACAUCCCCUUGUUGAUGCUACAGUAGUUACUGAGAUUCGGAGAUGCUUAGAUGAAGGCACUGUGUUCCAGGGUGAUCUGCUGAACUUUAGGAAAGAUGGUUCUCCAUUCAUGGCAAAGCUCCAGCUAACACCCAUUUAUGGAGAUGAUGAAACAAUAACCCACUAUAUGGGCAUGCAGUUCUUCAAUGACUCUAAUGUUGAUUUGGGGCCAUUGUCUGGCUCUACAACUAAGGAGGCUGUGAGAUCUACACUGAUUACUCCAGAUAACACUGUCCGAUCAAGUCCAAUGGGGAAGGGCUUCUGCUCAGAGUACUCUGAUCUUUUCCUAUUGAAUGAUGAGGUACUUUGCCAGAAGAUCCUAUCAAGACUAUCACCCAGGGAUAUAGCCUCUGUAAACUCUGUAUGUAAACGGCUGUACCACUUAACAAAGAAUGAUGACCUUUGGAGAAUGGUUUGUCAGAAUGCAUGGGGCAGUGAGGCAACUCGAGUUCUUGAGACCGUGGCUGGAUCAAGAAGUUUGGCAUGGGGACGGUUAGCAAGAGAGUUGACCACCCUGGAAGCUGUCACCUGGAGGAAAUUGACAGUUGGGGGUGCAGUGGAGCCUUCUCGCUGCAACUUCAGCGCGUGUGCUGCAGGGAAUCGUGUUGUCCUUUUUGGAGGGGAAGGUGUUAACAUGCAGCCAAUGAAUGAUACAUUUGUGCUUGAUUUGAAUUCCAGCAAACCAGAAUGGAGGCACAUCAAUGUGAGGUCAGCUCCUCCUGGGCGCUGGGGUCAUACCCUUUCUUGUCUAAAUGGAUCCCGGUUGGUUCUGUUUGGUGGUUGUGGGAGGCAAGGCCUGCUCAAUGAUGUGUUCAUGUUGGAUUUGGAUGCACAACAUCCAACUUGGCGUGAAAUUCCUGGCCUUGCACCUCCUGUUCCACGGUCAUGGCAUAGUUCUUGCACAUUGGAUGGAACCAAAUUGGUGGUCUCUGGCGGCUGUGCUGAUUCUGGUGUGCUUCUCAGUGACACUUAUCUUUUAGAUGUAACAAUGGAAAGACCUAUCUGGAGGGAGAUACCUGCAUCCUGGACCCCACCUUGUAGAUUGGGGCACUCGCUCUCUGUCUACGAUGGCAGGAAAAUCCUGAUGUUUGGUGGACUUGCUAAAAGUGGUCCUCUACGACUAAGGUCUAACGAUGUGUUCACAAUGGAUUUAAGUGAAAAUGAGCCAUGCUGGCGGUGUAUAACUGGAAGUGGAAUGCCAGGGGCUGGUAAUCCAGCUGGAGUCGGUCCACCCCCUCGCCUUGACCAUGUUGCUGUGAGCCUUCCUGGAGGGAGAAUUUUGAUAUUUGGUGGGUCAGUGGCAGGUCUUCACUCCGCUUCAAAGCUUUACCUGCUGGAUCCAACUGAAGAGAAGCCUACCUGGAGGAUACUGAAUGUUCCUGGCCGCCCUCCGCGAUUUGCCUGGGGCCACAGUACCUGUGUUGUGGGAGGUACAAAGGCAAUAGUUCUUGGAGGACAAACUGGAGAGGAGUGGACACUAACUGAACUGCAUGAGCUUUCUCUGGUAAGCUCUUUAGUCUGAAGAUGGAAGUCUUAAGUCCGCAGCAGGCUUCCAGCUUACAUGUGACUGAAGCCUGGACAAUAUCACCGUUGAAGUCACACAUGGACAAACAGAUGGAAUGUGCUGCAAAGUGAGUAGUUAUGUUUGCUUGGAAACAGAUGAUAACUAGUCCCAGUUCCCAAGUAGUAGAUCCAGUUAUUCGGUUACUCAUCGUGGUAUCAUAUCUCUGCGUCAGCUAUUUGUUUGGCCUACCCUAGCAUAACUAGAUAGUAAUUAUCACCGAUAACCUAAUAAUUAUCUAUCUGUUCUCAUCAGAUGUUUCCUGCACAACCAAAAGGAUCUGGAAUUGUAUAGUUGGAAGCUCUGGUGUAGCAUGCAUGCUCUUCACAGGCCAAAAUGAUGGUGGUGAUGCUGUACUGAUCUAAUAUUUCUGAUAAAUUGAUCGAUCUUUUGUUGAACACGCAACGCUGUUCGAUUAGUUGUACACCUCAUGUUUUGUCGGGCAGUACAUUUGUUGUCAAUUACUCCCUACCAAAGGACACAACAGUUCCAUCUCUUCAGGAAUUUACCUCUGUUCUCCCACAUCUGUUGUAUGUUUAAUCUUUCAACAUUGUGACAGUCUCUGUCCGCAUAGACCACACAAUUAUACUUUUGUAACAUUGGUUGUAGCUGAAAAUCGAUUAUUGGAAAACGGGGAGAUUUUGCUUCCAUACAGACUUAUGUCUUAUGCAGUAAUUAUACACUAAUUAU